UAAUUGUAAUUUUCCCGGUUAAGAAAAACCACAGAGUCUCUUCGAAAAUCGAAACAUCUCUUAUUGGUAGAUGCGCGGGUUUUGAUCAUCUCUUAGACCUCGCUACUAGGGUUUCACAGAGAUACCUUCAAUUUUGAGAAUGGGCGGAGCUGGUGGUAACAGAAUCGUUCCGCAGCGAGAUGUUAUGGAACUUAGUAGCGACGACGAAGGAGGAUCCGAGUCAGGGGAUAACCACGACGGAGCCGCUGAUGUUGAAAGCGUGGACCGAAGAAGCGGUAGUGAUGUCUCUGGAACAAAGAGAGCGAGAAAUGAUUCUGUAGCCAGGCCAUCGAAGAAGCUAGCGGUUUUGAUUCCGGAUGAUGAGGACGGAUUUGCGCAAUCGAGUUUGGCUCUCACGGUGAUUCCAUGUAACGUUGUGGCGGCGCCUUCUUCAUCUCCUUGGGGAAGUUGUAAGCAAUUUUGGAAAGCUGGAGAUUAUGAAGGAACAUCUGGUGGUGACUGGGAAAUUUCUGCAGGUGGCUUUGAUCAUGUAAGAGUACAUCCUAAGUUCCUGCAUUCUAAUGCAACAAGUCACAAAUGGUCCCUUGGAGCUUUUGCUGAGCUUUUGGACAAUGCUUUGGAUGAGGUUCGUAGUGGAGCCACAUUUGUUAAUGUGGACAUGCUUCAGAACAGGAAAGAUGGAAGCAAGAUGAUCUUAAUUGAGGACGAUGGAGGUGGGAUGAAUCCUGAAAAGAUGCGGCACUGCAUGUCUCUAGGAUAUUCUGUCAAGAGCAAACUUGCAGACACUAUUGGACAAUAUGGUAAUGGAUUCAAGACUAGUACAAUGAGACUCGGAGCUGAUGUCAUUGUUUUCUCACGUUGCCUUGGAAAAGAUGGAAAGAGCUUGACACAGAGCAUUGGCCUUCUAUCAUAUACGUUUCUGAAGAGCACUGGAAAAGAGGACAUAGUUGUACCCAUGCUUGACUAUGAAAGAAGCGGUUCUGAAUGGUGUCCAAUAAUGAGGUCUUCGGUUAGUGAUUGGGAUAAAAAUGUGGAAACAGUGGUUCAAUGGUCGCCUUUUGCUACCGAAGAAGAUCUUCUUCGUCAGUUUAAUCUAGUGAAGAAUCAUGGCACAAGGAUAAUCAUAUAUAACCUCUGGGAAGAUGACCAAGAAAUGCUAGAACUUGAUUUUGACACUGAUCAAUAUGAUAUCCAGCUUCGAGGGGUCAAUCGGGAUGAGAAGAAUAUUGUUAUGGCUUCUCAAUUCCCAAAUUCUAGACACUUCCUGACAUACAAGCACUCACUCAGGAGUUAUGCAUCUAUUCUCUACAGAAAGAUUCCACAUGGGUUCCGUAUCAUUCUCCGAGGAAAAGAUAUUGACUAUCACAACAUAGAAAAUGACAUGAUGUAUACAGAAAAAAUUACUUAUCGGCCAAAAGAAGGGGCUGGUGGAUGCACCAAGCACUCAAAUUUAUUUGCUGUCGUGACCAUUGGCUUUGUGAAGGAUGCAAAACAUCAUGUGGACGUUCAAGGCUUCAAUGUUUACCACAAAAAUCGCCUUAUUAAGCCAUUUUGGAGGAUAUGGAAUGCAGCAGGAAGUGAUGGUCGUGGGGUCAUCGGUGUCUUGGAAGCUAAUUUUGUGGAGCCUGCCCAUGAUAAGCAAGGGUUUGAGCGCACAACAGUUUUGUCUAGACUCGAGGCAAAACUACUUCAAAUGCAGAAGGAUUAUUGGAGAUCUAAAUGUCAUAAAAUUGGAUAUGCGUCGAGGCAAGGCAAAAAGUCUGUUAAGGAUACUAAAGACAGAGAAUCAUCACCAGAAUAUGAUCCUAAAGGAUCUGUAUCAUCCAGGAAAAGGACUACUGCUCCAAGCCUUAAAACUUCAACUACUGCUCCCAGCUUUAAUACUCCAACCGCAGCUUCAGCCAAAUUCAACAGAAGAUCAAAUGUGAAUGGAGGAGGAAAAGAAUCUGUGAAAGAUUCUAAAGACAUCGGGUAUAAAUCAUCAGAGAAAGAGGGUAAGCUUGGAAACUCUUCUUCCAAAACUGACAAACGAGCAAAGCCUCAAGGAGCUCGUGCUGUGGAGGUCAUCAAUAGUGAUGAUGACUAUGAUUGUGAUUCUUCACCAGAAAGAAAUGUCACUGGGCUUCCUGAGAAGAGUUCUGAAUUACCUAAGCCUCAGUCUGGUUCGCGUACCCUCAUUCAAUUGGAACAAGAGAAUAAAGAGUUAAGCAAGAGGCUUGAUGAAAAAGAAAAAGUUUUCUUGGUACUGCAAAAGGACCUGCAACGUGAGAAAGAGCUUCGCAAGGCACUUGAAGCUGAGGUUCAAACAUUAAAGGACAAUUUAGAAGCAACGGAGAAAGAGCAAACGGAAUUAAUCCUCGUUUUCAGAGAGGAUAGAGACAGACGCGACAAGGAGGAAGAAGAUCUCAGAAAAAAGCUAGAGGAGGCGUCAAACACAAUCCAAAACUUGUUAGAUGGAAAAAACUCGAGGUAGAUAAAGCGUUGAGAGGAGGCGUUAGAGCUGCUUUGAUGAUAAUAGUAUUGAGGAAGGAGCAUCUUACAUAAUUGACUGAUUAGGUUUGUUUGCUUUAACAUCUACAUUUAGUUGUAGUGUGUGGUCUCUGGCCUAACCAUACCAGAGCUAGUAGAGAAGUAGGGUAUUGUUGUAUUGUGAGGUUAUUGGUUUCAUGUUUUAAACAUUUGAAUUUGGUUCGCGGUAUUUCAACCCUUCCCUGUACACAACCUCUCCUCAAUCCAACUUAACUAACUAAUAUCGGCAUUUGUAAUCACUAUGAUUAGAAUCAGUUUUACAAAUUUUCAUACAUGAAUAUAUAUUUCCGUCUU